AUGAAUUACAAAUUAAUACGAAUUACUUCGUCUCUUCUUUUAAUAUGUUUAUGUGAAGCAUACAGUAACGAGAAAAAUAAUAAUAAUGAAACUAGGAUUACAAAAUCGAAUCGAUUGUUAUUUGAGACAGAAAACAAUGAAAUGGGAGAAGAAGAAGCAUGUGAAAAAAAGGUAUCAUCAUGUGAUGACCAAGAGUCCAUAAACAAUGACCAAGAAUCAAUUUAUGAUGAUCAACCAAAUAAUGAAAAUCACACAAUUUAUGAAAAUUACCCAAUUUAUGAAAACUACCCAAUUUAUGAAAAUUACCCAAUUUAUGAAAAUUAUCCAAUUUAUGAAAAUUACCCAAUUUAUGAAAAUUACCCAAUUUAUGAAAAUCAACAAAAUUAUGAUAAUCAAUCAAUUUAUGAUAAUCAGUCAAUUUAUGAUAAUCAAUCAAUUUGUGGAAAUCAACCAAAUAAUGAACCAGUAGUGAAAUUGUAUGUGCCAAAAGACCCAGUAUUUGAAAAAACAAAAGUAAGCACCACUCCAAAACCAAAUAUGAGAAGAUUAGGAAUACCACCACCACCAGAACACACAGAAAUUAUAGAAUUGCCAUUCAGAUCACCUACUCCUCCACCACCAGUGAAUUUGGAUUAUGAAACCAAAGUAACAAAACCACAUGUAUUUAAAAAACGACCCAAAAUGUUGUAUAGUUCAUAUUAUAGUUAUCCAAAUAGUAAAGAAGUUAAAGCAGAGAUUGUCGAUUGGGAUAACUUUAUGUCGGUAAUUGAUCACGUUGUUUCAACUGACCCAAAGUUAGAAGAUUAUUUGAAAGAUAAAGUUUAUCCAAAAAGACAUAAAUACCCAUACAAUGUGUAUUAA